GAUAAAUCCUUACGAACAAGGUGCGGCCGCCGAAAUCAAUGGACAAGGAUGGAGCCUCGGUGCAGAAAUCCCGGUUUUCGAGUAGGACCCGUAUUCGAUCGAUUUUGGGUCGAGCCGACGGUGGAGCUGGACUUGCCGGUGAGAAGGUCGAAAUUAGCGGGUGGGUUAAAACGGGAAGGGAGCAAGGAAAAGGGAGUUUCGCUUUUCUUGAGGUGAACGAUGGAUCCUGCGCAGCGAAUCUUCAGGUCAAGGUGGAUGCUUGUGUGUCAGAUGUCUCCAAGUUGGUUGCGACGGGAACUUGUCUGACCGUUGAUGGAUGUUUGAAGAUUCCUCCGGAAGGUAAAGCUACGAAGCAGAAGAUUGAGCUUAGCGCCGAGAAGGUGAUUGAUGUGGGAACGGUGGAUCCGGCUACGUACCCGAUUCCUAAGACGAAGCUCACUCUAGAGCAUUUGAGAGACUAUACUCAUUUUCGUGCAAGGACCACCACGAUGGCAGCAGUUACAAGAAUCCGAAGUAAGAUUACUCUUGAGGCUCACCUUUUCUGUGAUGAACAUGAUAUCUGUCACAUUCACACUCCUAUCAUCACAACAAGUGAUUGCGAAGGUGCUGGUGAAAUGUUCCAAGUCACAACCUUGAUCAACCAAUCUGACAAGUUGGAGAGGCCCACCGAGGCUGACAUUGAAGCUGCCAAGCUCAUUGUCAAGGAGAAAGGUGAAGCUGUAGCACAACUCAAAGCUGCCAAAGCAAGCAAGCAAGAGAUUACUGCUUCCGUUGCUCAACUCACUGAAGCAAAGGAGACUUUAGCUAAGGUUGAAGAGAGGUCAAGGCUUAAGCCUGGAUUACUUAUAAAGGAUGGAAAAAUUGAUUAUUCCCAAGAUUUCUUUGCUCGUCAAGCUUUCCUCACAGUUUCUGGUCAAUUACACGCCGAAACCUAUGCUUGCAGUAUGGGUGAUGUGUAUACAUUUGGCCCCACUUUCCGGGCUGAGAAGUCUCACACCUCAAGGCAUCUUGCUGAGUUCUGGAUGGUUGAGGUUGAAUUAGCUUUUGCCGGUGUAGAGGAGGCUAUGAACUGCGCAGAGGCACUUGUGAAAGACAUUUGCAAUUCGUUGCUUGAAAAGUGUGAUGAUGACAUGAAACUUAUGGCUAAGAAUGUCGACAAAGCCUGCAUUGACAGGCUACUAUUGGUUGCCUCGACUGGGUUUGGUCGAGUAACAUACACCGAAGCAAUAACGCUACUUGAGAAAGCUGUGGCUCAAGGAAAGAAAUUUGAGAACCAAGUGGAGUGGGGAAUCGACUUAGCAUCUGAGCAUGAAAGAUACUUGACAGAGGUUUUGUUUCAAAAGCCUCUUAUUGUCUAUAACUACCCCAAAGAGAUCAAAGCUUUCUACAUGAGACUUAACGAUGAUGGAAAGACAGUUGCUGCCUUCGAUGUCCUCGUUCCAAAGGUUGGAGAACUCAUUGGUGGAAGCCAAAGGGAAGAACGGAUGGACGUCCUCAUGGAAAGAAUGGAGGAGAUGGGUCUACCAAUUAAGCAAUACGAGUGGUACAUUGACUUGAGACGUCAUGGAACAGUGAAGCAUUCUGGAUUCGGACUGGGCUUGGAGCGUAUGCUUCUCUUCGCUACAGGAAUGGACAAUAUUAGAGACGUUAUUCCCUUCCCUCGCUAUCCUGGAAGAGCUGACCUUUGAUAGGAGUUGAACCCCAACCGAACCAGAGUACCAAAUCGCAAAUACAUGACGUGACAAGUGCUCUGGUUUUAUUUAAUUGUUUCAGUUUUUUUAUAUUAGCUGGUCUGGUCUUGGAUUUUUUACGUUUACCUCCAAUUUAUGACAAAUCUCAAUUUUUAUUUUUAAUAAGAAAUUCAAUAAUGA